AUGUGGGUAUGUGUUUCCGACGACUUCGACAUCACCCGAUUGAUGAAAGAAAUUAUUAAGUCUGCAAAACAUGAGGAGGAUUGUUCUAAGUUAAAAGCAGAUGAAAUUCCCAAGCGUUUGCAGGAAAUUUUGAUAGGUAAAAAGUUUUUGCUUGUCUUAGAUGAUGUUUGGAAUGAGAAGCCCAUGAAAUGGAGGGAAUUGAAAAACUUACUAGUGAGUAGUGUCAAUGGAAGUAAAAUUAUUGUGAGUACACGUAGUAAAACUGUUGCCGAGAUAAUGGGCACCGUUUCCCCACAUUUCAUACAAGGUCUUUCACUUGAGGAUUCUUUAUCAUUGUUUAAAAACUGCGCAUUUAAAGAUGGAGAAGGGAAAGAUUUUCCAAACCUCGUCAAAAUUGCUGAGGACAUUGUCGGAAAAUGUCAAGGAGUUCCGUUAGCUCUGAGAACUUUAGGGAGCUUACUUUUUGCAAACACAGACGAAGAUGAGUGGUUAAGAACGAAAAGAAGUGACAUAUGGCAGCUGAAACAGGAAAAUGAAGACAUCUUACCUGUAUUGAAAUUGAGCUAUAUAAUUUGCCGUCAUACUUGA